UCCAGUCUCCAGCAGUCCAGCCUUCAUCUGCUCCUCCACGUCCUCCGCUCUUUUCCCCGGCCCUAAUCACUAAUAAAUCCUUCUCCCUUGCUCGUCUUCAGCCCUUUCUUCCCCUUCUUCCCCUUCUUCCCCCUUCCCAUCCGUCGGGUCUCCCGGACGGUUGCCGUGUGUCCUCCCACCAAUCCCAUGCGCCGUUCCCGGCGACACCCGAGCCAUGGCGGAGGGAAUGCGCGACGAGCGAGGCGCGCACUCGCGGGCUUCCACGGUGCCGGCCAUCAUCACCACCAAUGCCUCGUCCUCGACCAUUGUCCAGCACGAUUUGUCCACCUCGGCCACCAAUAGCCCGACCUUUCUCAACCGGGGCGACCACAGCCCCGGCAUCCCCAGUCCCGGCCUCCUCCGUUCCUCGCAAAGUUUUCCCAUCGGCUCGGUAUCCGAUCUGGCCUCCGCGUCGAGCGGAUACCAACAACAUGCCAGGAAAGACUCCCGCACCCUUCCGGCGGCGAGCAACGGCUCCGUCAAGAAUCUGGCCUCAUCUCCAAGCCUGGUGCAGUCCACCGCCGAUUCCAGCGCCAUCGAUCCCUUGUCCCAACAUAUCAUCAAGCGCACCAACACGCAGAAAACUAUCCCCCUGAAGCUGCUAGGACGAGCGUCGACCGAGGCCGAGCUGGGCGGAAGUGAUCCUCGAGGGUCGAUGGACCAUGGGUCAGCGCGGGGAGAGACGGUGUUGCACCCGAAGCCUCCCAAGGAGAAGAAGAAAGGAGUCUCCUUCCUCAGUCGCAUUAUCCCUGGUAAGAAAAAAGACCAGUUCUUGGAAGAAGACGAUGUCUCCGAACCUGAAACCACCCGCAUGGAUCCCGACGUUGCCGCCCAGCCGAUAGGGUUCGUUCCGCGAUUUCCACCUCCUCCCAAGUACAUCCGCGUGCGCGCCAACUACAAGAAAGAAAAGACCUUCAACCGGGUCUUCCUGGCGCAGGAGCUGGACGGCGCCGACGAUUCGGCGAGUGUAUCGGACCGGGAUGCGGCCAUCUCCACGGCCGGUCCCCAGAACGAGCGGUAUACGGGCAAGGCCAUCUGGGCUCUGGUCUUUUCCAAUGACGGCAAAUACCUGGCUGCAGCCGGUCAGGACCGAAAGGUGCGCGUCUGGCAGGUGGUGGCGUCGGCGGAUGAUCGCGAACCCAGCCAGCCCAAGGGAGACGACGACGCGCCUCGGCUGAAUGCGCAGGUGUUCAAAAGCCAGCCGGUCCAGGUGUACGAAGGGCAUACCGGCAGUAUCCUGGAUCUCAGCUGGAGCAAGAACAAUUUCCUGCUUUCGUCGUCCAUGGACAAGACAGUCCGGCUGUGGCAUGUCAGCCGGCCCGAGUGUCUGUGCUGCUUCAAGCACAGCGAUUUCGUCACCUCCAUCCAGUUCCACCCGCGCGAUGACCGCUUCUUUCUGGCCGGGUCGCUGGACACCAAGUUGCGCCUGUGGAGCAUCCCGGACAAGAGCGUGGCGUUUGUGGCCACGGUGCCGGACAUGAUCACCGCCGUGGCGUUCACGCCUGACGGGCGAUAUUCCGUCUCGGGCAGUCUGAACGGACUGUGCAAUAUCUACGAGACCGAUGGGCUGAAGGCCGUCGGGCAAAUCCACGUGCGGUCCGCGCGUGGCCGCAACGCCAAAGGCAGCAAGAUCACGGGCAUCGACACCAUCAGCCUGCCCACGGGCGAUCCCCACGGCGACGUCAAGCUGCUGAUCACCAGCAACGACUCGCGCAUUCGCCUCUACAACUUCCGCGACCGCACCCUCGAGGCCAAAUACCGCGGCAACGAGAAUUCAUGCAGCCAGAUCCGCGCCUCCUUCAGCAACGACGGCAAACACAUCAUCUGCGGCAGUGAGGAUCGCCGCACCUACGUCUGGCCGGUUGGCCCCAUGGAGAAGGACGCCGACAAACGUGCCGUCGAGAUCUUCGACACCCAGUCGGCCCUGGUGACGGCCGCCAUCAUGGCCCCAACGCGAGCCAAACAGGUGCUGGCCUUUUCAGAGGAUCCCAUCUACGACAUCUGCAACCCGCCCCCAGUCACCCUCGUCAGCCAAGCCGACAGGGAGAACGGACGGACGAACCGCAAUUCCGGCGCCAGCAAACUGGCCCAAGAAUCCCCGACGUAUCUCUCCCGGUCCUCGCACCCGGACGGCAACAUUCUCAUCGUAGCCGACUACGCGGGGAAGAUCAAGGUACUUCGACAGGACUGCGCGUACCAGAAACGGCGCUACGACAGCUGGGACACGCAUUCGACCAUCUCCCGGCGCAUCCUGCGCCGCACCAACUCGGCGCGCCACAGCAUCGCCUCCUCCAUCGGCAAGGAUUCCCUGAACAAGACGCCCUCUGAACGGAUCAUCUCCUGGCGCAACUCGGUCAUCCGCCAUGGGAACCGCUCCGGCAUGCGCACCCCGCGCACCCGCAGUCCCUCCCCGCACAAAUCCCUCCGCGACCUACCAGGCUACUCCAGCCCAGGGCGAAUCCCACGCCCCGACUCGCGCUCCGGCCUCACCACCUCCUCGCCCACCUCCGCAUACAAAAACUCCCUCGACAGCCAGCGCUCCAGCGGCGACACAACCCGACACAACGGCCACACCACCACACUCGACCCGUCCCGGAACCAGCCGACUACCUGGUUCCCCCGCGGCGGAGACAAAGAGAACCCACUGUGGCUACAAGGCGACCAAAGCUACGCAUUCUACAACAAGAUCGCGCACGACGCAAUGGCGAUCCAGAACCGCAAACGAACCGACAGCAACCGACUCCUCAGUCCCCAUCGCCUGUCCGUGCCGGGAGAGCGCCAGCUAAGCUUAGGCAGUGCGUUAAGCAGCGACUAUGCGUCAUCGAACGGCGACGGGGAGGACGGGGAGGUCCUGAAAUGCGAUAAUUGCCGAGGGACGAAUUUCCGAGCGACCAAGGCGCGCAAUGGUAAGCAGCGAUUGGUAUGUGUGCGGUGUGCGCGACCGAUCAGUUAGCAUUGUAUAGUGGACAUAGUAUGGGAGGGAUGUAAUUACCAGUUUGUGUAUGUAUGUACAAUAGCCUACUAUGGAAGAUAGGCGAUAUACGAGGGACGACUGAUGAAUAAAUAAUGAUUUCUGGAG